AUGUUUUUAGGAAUUCAUGCUGUUGUUGGGCAUUCCAGGUUUCCCACUGUCCCUUUUGCUGCUGGAGCCCUGGGCCUGCAGCUUCCUGAGGCCUCACAGGCGCUUUCCCUGCUCCCUCUCUCCAGGUAUGACACCCCAGCAUCUUCCAAGAAGAAGGUCCGGCCCAAGGACCGCAACAAGCUGUCCACGGAGGAGCGCCGGAAGCUCUUUGAGCAGGAGGUGGCCCAACGGGAAGCCCAGAAACAGCAGCAGCAGCUCCAGAACCUGGGAAUGACCUCUCCUCUUCCCUACGACUCCAUGGGCUACGGAACCGCCCACCACGGCUUCAUGGGGUACCCACCGGGCUACCCCAUGCAGGCCUACGUGGAUCCCAGCAACCCCAACGCCGGCAAGGUUGGAUGGGACUUGGAGCACCCGGUCUGGUGGAAUCUGCGCUCCUGCAGUGAAGGUUUUUUGGGAACAGCAGCUGAGUGUGAUUCCCUGUUGCAGAGCUACGCCCAGCCAGGUCUGCAGUACAUCCAGGGCCAGCAGAUCUACACAGCUCACCCCCAGGGAGUCAUCGUGCAGCCGCCCACGGCCGUCACCACCAUCGUGGCGGCCGGGCAGCCCCAGCCCAUCCAGCAGCCAGAGCUGGUGGUCACCAACAACCUCCUGGAUCUGCCGCCGCCUUCCCCUCCCAAACCCAAAACCAUCGUCCUCCCUCCCAACUGGAAAACAGCCCGGGAUCCUGAGGGAAAGAUCUACUACUACCACGUGGUCACCAGGUGCGUGUGUGUGACAGGGCUCACAGGGGUCUGCAGGUGAGGGAGGAGACGAGAGUGUUGACUCCAU